AUGGAGCGGGCGCUGGGGCUGCCCGCAGAAGAGGACCUCUUCCACAAGAGCCUCGCCGCCUCGGCCAAGCGCAUGGAGUCCGCCUUCCGCUCGCCCCCGGGGCUCGACCUCUCCCACCCCCGCGACCGCCAGCCCUCGCCGCUCGCCUGCUACGAGGCGUCGGAGCCCGAGGCGCUGCUGCAGCCCGGAGUCGGCGGCGACCCUCUGGUGCUGCCGCCGGGCUCCGUCUGCGUCAAGUACGGCGAGAGCGCCAGCCGCAGCUCGGUGGCCGAGAGCAGCGGCGGCGAGCAGAGCCCCGACGACGACAGCGACGGCCGCUGCGAGCUGGUGCUGCGCGGCGCCGGGGGGGACCCGCGCGUCGCCUCGCCGGCGGCGGGCGGCGGCGGAGGGGGGGGGGGGGGGCUGAAGGCGGCCGAGGGCAGCUGCUCCAACAGCCACGGGCACGGCGGCAGCAAGAAGUCCAAGGAGCAGAAGGCGCUGCGGCUCAACAUCAACGCGCGGGAGCGGCGGCGGAUGCACGACCUGAACGACGCGCUGGACGAGCUGCGGGCGGUCAUACCCUACGCGCACAGUCCCUCGGUGCGGAAGCUCUCCAAGAUCGCCACGCUCCUUCUGGCCAAGAACUACAUCCUGAUGCAGGCGCAGGCCCUGGAGGAGAUGCGGCGCUUGGUGGCUUAUCUCAACCAGGGCCAGGCCAUCUCGGCCGCCUCCCUGCCCAGCUCCGCCGCGGCGGCGGCGGCGGCGGCGGCGGCGCUGCACCCCGCCCUCGGCGCCUACGAGCAGGCGGCCGGUUACCCCUUCAGCGCCGGGCUGCCCCCCGCCACCUCCUGCCCGGAGAAAUGUGCCAUCUUCAACAGCGUCUCCUCCAGCCUCUGCAAACAGUGCACGGAGAAGCCUUAA